AUGGCAGACUUUGCCUUUAGGUUGAGUAAAAAGUUCUUGAUAUUGACUGCUUAUAAUCUGGUUUUGGGUAAUUUUUGUUCAUUAACUGACACUCACGCCUCGUUUUUAAAACAAUUUCUGCAGUUGUGGUGUCCUUUGCACACGGAUUACCUCCAUUUGGUUUACCUACACUGUCUCUGGCAGCAAUUCAACUUCCCCCCUUUCUUCCAACCAGUUCUCCUCAAAGGGCUACUCCCCCCCUUUCUUCCAACCAGUUCUCCUCAAAGGGCUACUCCGAUUGGCUCAACUUCAACCAUUGUUCACUGGCAGGCUACUAGGACUAUUAGCUCCAGCUCAAGUUCCUCCUCAUUCUCCCUCCCCCUCCCCUCUGCAAUCACUAUCAUCACCACCAUCACUGCCUCCUUUUUGCCACUUUUCUCCUCUUCAUCCUCCUCCUCCACCCCCACUACUGGCACAUUCUCUGUUCCCGCUCCUUCAAUCUCAUCACUGAACUCGAAUUCGCACAUAGGGGAAAAAGGCAGUGUCAUAGGCAGCGGUGUCAUCGGUGGUGUCAUAGGUGGCGGAGCAGCAGUAAUUAUCACUGUUAUUGCACUGGUAAUCUACUAUAGGUCAAAAAGAAGAUGCAGACGGCAGUUUCCAAGGGUGUUUAAUUGUGAUGAGAAUUCUGAGCUUGAUGAUCCCAGUGGGGAAGGUGGAAGAGGGGGGAUAGGUGGUUAUUUCGUUGCAGCUGGUGCAUGGUGCUGUGCACAAUUCAGAUCUAAUGCAGUCACUCCAUAUUUGCUGAAGUAUCAAAUAACUUCACCAACGGCACUGACAACAAACUUCCACUCAACAUUGGCCCCCCCUGAAAUGACAGUACUCAACAGAGGAUUCGCUUCUGCCUCGCAUAGUGAUCAUGGCGGAAUGUCCAGUGUAGGGUCAAUGACAUCUCCCGUAGGGGCAUUUCAUGUAAGGUGUACUACAGAUGGGGCCAGGAGCGCCGCCAUUGAGACGCCUUUGCCUCCGCAGCAAGAACCAACAGAAGGAGAGUGGGGACCUCAAGUUUUGGAUGAAAUCCCACCUCCCUAUGAGAGUUUGGUGCCACCUCAGACUCAGGAUCGGCCUGGAAUCCGCAUAAUGAGCACAUGGAGUAUGGUGGAGCAGUUUGAUGCAUCGGAUGCCCAGUGGGAUCCAGAAUGA